CAGCACACAGGUCUACAGCGCCAUCUCUGGCCACAGACGUAACUGCAACAAAAGCCAGCCUCCAUAUGAACACAUCAAGCUGCAAAGUUUCCUGUGGACAUGGCACAGUUUCACGUAUUUGAAGCACCUGUAUCAGGUUUUAAUUUCGAGAACUCGGAAAGAAAUGUUUUUUUGGAGAAUGCACUCGGUGAGGGGAAAAGCAAGACGCCCAAACCUGUAAAGACUGGCACAACCAUCGCAGGGGUGGUGUUCAAGGAUGGUGUGGUCCUGGGAGCUGACACAAGGGCCACCUCCAGCGAAGUAGUUGCAGACAAAAUGUGUGAAAAAAUUCACUACAUUGCUCCAAACAUAUAUUGUUGUGGAGCAGGGACCGCGGCUGACACAUUUAAAACUACAGAAUUGCUGUCUUCCAACCUCGCCAUUUUUUCCUUGAAUAGCGAGAGGAAUCCCAGAGUCACAAUGGCAGCUCACAUACUACAGGAUAUGCUCUUCAGAUAUCGAGGUAUGAUUGGGGCAAAUUUAAUUCUAGGAGGGGUCGACUUUACAGGGAACCAUCUCUUCACAGUGGGGCCCUAUGGGGACAUGGAGAAGCUUCCAUAUCUUGCCAUGGGAUCUGGUGAUUUAGCUGCUAUGGGUAUACUUGAGGACAGAUUUAAAGCCAAUAUGGAGCUAGAGGAGGCUAAGGAAUUGGUGCGUGAUGCAAUCCAUUCAGGCAUCAUGAAUGAUCUUGGUUCAGGUCACAACAUAGACCUUUGUGUGAUCACCAAACAAGGAGUUGACUACAUCAGACCUUAUCAGAACUCUGAAUACAAGGACACAAGAACGGAGAAGUAUAAGUUUAAACAAGGAACAACCCCUAUUUUAACAGAGAAAGUGGUUCGUCUGGAGCUUGAGAUACUGCACGAGACAGUUCAGACUAUGGACACAGCCUGAGCUAAGAAACCACAAUCACUCUGAUGUGUGUUAUUCAUCAACCAUUUUUUUACCAUCACCAGCAAUGUUUGUUAAUGGUUAUCGAUAUUAUAUUAUAAUAAAUACAUGAUGUCCAAGAAA